AUGAAUCCUUCACUCCUCCUUGCUGUCUUUUGCCUGAGAUUAGCCUCAGCUAGUCUAAUACUUUAUCACAGUUUAGACGCACAGUGGAACCAGUGGAAGGCAAAGCACAAGAGAUUAUAUGGCAUGAAUGAAGAAGGAUGGAGGAGAGCAGUGUGGGAGAAGAACACGAAGAUGAUUGAGCAGCACAAUCAGGAAUACAGGGAAGGGAAACACAGCUUCACAACAGCCAUGAACGCCUUUGGAGACAUGACCAGUGAAGAAUUCAGGCAGGUGGUGAAUGGCUUUCAAAACCAUAAGCCCAGGAAGGGAAUGCUCCAGGAACCUCUGCUUCAUGACAUCCCCAAAUCUGUGGAUUGGAGAGAGAAAGGCUACGUGACUCCUGUGAAGGAUCAGUGCAGCUGGGGCUCUGUAAGGACAGAUGUUAGGAAAACUGUGAAACUAGUUUCACUGAGUGUGCAGACCUGGUGGACUGCUCUAGGCUUCAAGGCAAUGUUGGCUGGAUUUUUGGAGAAUCAUUAUUUUGCUUCCAGUAUGUUGCCGACAAUGGAGGCCUGGACUCUGAGGAAUCCUUUCCAUAUGAAGAAAAGCUCUGGAGACUGGAAAGUCCAAGGUCACAGAGGUGCAUCUGGUGAGAGCCUUCUUGCUAGUGGGGAAUCUCAGCAGAGUCCUGAGGUGGUACAGUUGUACUCUUCAUCUUCCUGGUAUUCUGGGAAGCAUCAAGUGCAGCGUCAUCUUAUUGAGGAGGCUCUGCAGAUGCUAAGUGGUGGGGAUGAGGAUCACGAUGAAGACAAAUGGCCCCAUGACAUGAGGAAUCAUCUGGCUGGAGAGGCCCAGGUGUAG